CCGUACCCCAAAUUUGGUGUCGCCCUGCGCUUCGUUCGGUCUCCCACUUCCCUUGAGACACGAAUGUCAUGAGAAGGACAUUGUCUUUGUUCUCUCGUUCCCGAGGACUUACCGUACAGAAUCUCAUCCAGAUUAACAAUGGCACAUUCUACAGAGAACAUCCUGCGACACAUGCCCAGGGUUCUCCCUCUGCCAACCCACCUCUCUUCCCGAACCUGAACUUCGAGUUGCGUACGAUCGUUGCAGAAGAGAACGAGGCCGUCUCGCACAACGACUACCAUUGGGCUGUCAUCGGGCCCUCGGACGGUACCACGUUCCUCGAGAUCUUGAGGGGCUCACACUUGUGCUUCCCACCCAGCGCCAGAUCAUAUCCCUACCUAGCUUCCGAAUGGAUCGACGACCGCAAAGACCACCGUCUGCGCAUCCCUUCUAUGUCGGGUUCAACAGCGGUCAAGGACAAAUUGCGAGCGGCGGAGUGACAGGAGCGUACCUGAGCGCCCGCUAUGAAAGUCGAAGAGAAGAGACAGAUUGGUCCGUUCUGCAAUAUCUCAAGGGCGAGACCGAAUUGAACCCGUCCAAGCCGGCAGAAGAUGGAAAGGUCGACAUCCAGUCCCUCGACAAGGUGAUCGAAGAUUUACACCUGCAGAAAUUGCUCGACAUGCCCGUGAGCAACCUGAGCAACGGACAGACGAGAAGAGCGAGAAUCGCAAAAGCACUGCUCGGCAGACCGAAACUCGUCUUGCUUGACGAGCCGUUCAUGGGCCUUGAUCCGCCCACCCUGAUCACUCUGUCUCCUAUGCUACGCUCGCUCGCUCGACGCGCAUCGCCUCUUCUUCUCUUUGGCUUACGACCUCAAGAUCCGAUCCCCGACUGGCUCACACAUCUAGUCGUGCUCGGACCGAAUCAUACCGUCGCACUCCAGGGAGAAUCACGCAACGUGCUGUUCAGUCUACGACGGUGGGCAGAAUUGGCCACGGCUUCUCGCCGGCCUGAAUCCGAUCUUGUACGAAAGAUCAUCCACAAAUACGGCCUCCCACCCUCGGGCAUGGGCGAUAUUCUCAGCCCGAAAGGCAUCUCACGCCAUGCAGUCCUGGCCCAAGAAAUCACUCCCGAGCUUGAGAAUGAAUGGCGAGAAGCUAUCAAGACCCGACAAGGACAACGCUCUCAACAGGGCGAUGACCUCGACGACCUGCUUCUGCUUGCGUCCGAAAGCCAAAUCUUCCACCCCUCAAGCAGCUCCUCAUACGCCUCUCCAUCCACCUCUCCUUCCUCUUCCGCCACCAGGACUCUGGGCGAACCCCUAAUCGACCUUCAAUCCGUGACAGUGAAGUACGGCCCGAAAACCGUACUGGGCCACGGCACCGGCCUCACGCUCUCAAUCCGACAAGGCACGCGUCUCGCGCUUUUAGGGCCCAACGGCUCCGGUAAAACCACGCUCCUCUCCUUGCUCACUUCCGACCACCCGCAGUCUUACAGCCUGCCGAUCACAUUCUUCGGACGCUCUCGCCUUCCUUCGCCCGGCAUACCCGGCCUGUCGUUGUGGGAGAUACAAUCCCGCAUCGGCCACUCCGCACCCGAGGUACACGCCUUCUUCCCCAAAAACUUAUCUGUCCGACGCGUGCUUGAGAGCUCAUGGGCGGAGACGUACGCCGGGAAACCCACACUGACUCCUGAGAGGCGUGCCAGAGUUGAUGCGUUCCUGCGCUUCUGGCAGCCAGAGCUACGCCAGGAUGGAGUUUCCGACGACGGCGACGACGACAAGAGUCUGGACUGGGCGAGCGACAGGAGCACUCACGCAUUUGGCACGCUCCCAUUCAGUGCGCAACGGUUAUUGUUAUUGCUCCGCGCGAUCAUAAAGGAGCCCGACAUCAUUAUUCUGGACGAGGCGUUUUCGGGCCUGUCCGCCGAGACGAGGGAUAAAGCCAUGGCCUUUCUUGAGCAUGGACUGUCCGCCUCCGCGUUUGUGUCUGCGUCGGAGUCGAAAUCCAACUCCGACUCGAACGCUGACUCUGACUCUGACAAAUUCAGAGGCCUGAAUCCAAACCAAGCACUCGUCGUGGUAUCCCAUGUCAAAGAGGAGAUCCCGCCCGUCGUGGAUGAGUGGCUUCGGCUCCCUGGAGAAGAGGAAGUGAUGGAGCACGGACGCGGUGUUGAAGGAGGACGAACGGAGAGAGGAUACAUCAGGACAGGAGAGGGCUGGAUGAAAGUCUGGGGCAUAGGCACAACCUAACUUGGCCUUGAAUGCUAAGGUAGAUAUCUUACUGCCCACCCAUGUGCUGCUGAACACGAUGCGGAAGAGGAGAACGCGGCGUGAAGUUUCCGUAAUAGCUUCGCACAGCCCCAUACAGCUGUCGACACGAGAUUAUUUAUUGGCCUGUUCCCGAGAAGAAGGAGAAGGACGCAGAGGACGAAACAGCUCACUCAGGAGAUUUCAACGCAUUAGAGACAAGAGUGCUGGUUAGGUAUGCGAGGCGAGGCGAGGUAUAGCUUCGACUCGAUCGCUACAACCUCGUAGGGCACUUCAUACCAAUACCAAUACCGAUACGGAGUACUAGAGGUCAAACCCCCCAAGCUACCUAGGUAUGAUCCGAUGAUCGUGGCAGAUAAAACAAAUAUUGAUAAAAUCCGUAUAUACUCAGUAGAGUAUAUGGUAUAUGGUAUAUGG